AAGUGAAACAAAAAACCUGCUCAUGCGUUAAAGUUGCUGACGCACUGACUCGCCGACAUUUUAUAUAAGAGACAAGUAAACACUCAAAAAGAUAGUUUACACAGUCAUUUAUUCAGGCCUUAACUCGCAUUAUAUACUACAUAGUGUGCAGGUGAACGAUGCUGAACACAUCAAAAAAGUGUCAGAGUCUGACCGGAGGAUUUUCUUUUGAGAACACGCGCAGAAAUGCUGUUCUGGAAUCAAACCUAUCUGAGAAGGGCUACAGUGCACCAAAAGCAAGAAAGACUGGCACCACCAUCGCUGGCUUGUUAUUCAAGGAUGGAGUGAUUUUAGGAGCAGACACGAGGGCCACGGAUGAUAUGGUCGUAGCUGAUAAAAACUGUAUGAAGAUCCACUACAUAGCCCCCAAUAUCUACUGUUGUGGUGCAGGUGUGGCAGCGGAUGCUGAAGUCACCACACAGAUGAUGUCAUCAAAUGUGGAACUUCAUUCGCUCAGCACUGGACGACCUCCUCUCGUUGUCACUGUGACACGACAACUGAAACAGAUGCUGUUUAGGUAUCAGGGGCACAUUGGUUCUUCUCUAAUUGUGGGAGGUGUGGAUGUUAAUGGUCCGCAGCUCUAUAGCAUCUAUCCUCAUGGUUCCUAUGAUAAGCUUCCUUUCCUUACCAUGGGGUCUGGAGCAGCUGCUGCUAUUUCUGUAUUUGAAGAUCGAUACAAGCAAAACAUGGAGCUGGAGGAAGGAAAGCAGCUAGUGAGAGAUGCCAUCACAGCAGGGAUCUUCAAUGAUCUGGGUUCUGGCAGUAAUGUAGACCUGUGUGUGAUCACUGAAAAACGAGUAGAUUAUCUGAGGGGAUAUGACCAGCCCACUCGAAAAGGACAAAGGGAGGGCACAUAUAAAUACAAGCCAGGCACUACUGCUGUGCUCACAGAAACAGUAACUCCAUUAACACUGGAUCUUGUGGAAGAAUCUGUUCAUGUGAUGGACACCGAAUGAAACCACCAAGAGAACUUCUGCAUUUCCUUGCAUCUGUCUUUCUCAAAGAACAACAUUAGUUGUUUCAUAGUUUGCUUGAUUGCAUGUAAGAGUUCAUCUUGUUGUUCUACAUCUAAGAUGUUUCUUGUUUACAUGAUGGCCCACACAAUUGCCUAUAAUUUAAUCUCAGCACAAAACACCAAUAAAACUCAGAGAGUUCUUUGUUA